AGGGCUGUCAGUGGGGAGGAGAAGAGGAAGAGGAGGAGCUGGUUGACAGUCUGUGGAGCUUUCUCCUUGCCUCUGAGAGCCACCACAUUCCAUUUGGAACCUUGGCACUUUCUUUGCUCGAAGUGAGUGUCGGGCAGGCGGCAGCAUGCGGCCCCUGAUCCGGACAGGCUGCAGACUGCUUCUCGCCGCCUAUAAACCACCCGGCGUGGAGGCAGGACACCGGAAUAUACGAGUCCACAGCGUGUACGCCUCAGCUUCCGGACAUUGGGUGCCACCUAGUGGACAUGACACAGGAAUCCGCGUUUACAACAGUCUAAGCAAAAAGAAGGAACCGCUGAUACUACAGAACCCAACACUUGCAACAUGGUAUAGCUGUGGACCCACAGUGUAUGAUCACUCACAUCUUGGGCAUGCAAGUUCAUAUGUUCGAAUGGACACUAUUCGUAGAAUUCUAACCAAAAUCUUCGGAAUCGAUGUUGUCAUGGUGAUGGUUAUUACUGAUAUUGACGACAAGAUAAUCAACAAAUCCAAUGAGCUGAACAUAUCCCCUUUGGCCCUGGCUCGUGUUUAUGAGCAGGAGUUUAAACAAGACAUGGCAGAACUGAAGGUUCUUCCACCCACUGUAUAUAUGAGGGUUACAGAGCAUAUUCCACAGAUCAUAUCUUUCAUACAGCAGAUUAUUGAUAAUGGUCAUGCCUAUACUACACCUCAAGGAAACGUGUACUUUGAUAUUGAGUCAAUUGGAGAAAGAUAUGGAAAAUUUACGGGUGCACUGACAAACGUUGGAAGUGAAUCAGCUGCAAGUGAUAAGCGACAAAUCCGAGAUUUUGCCUUGUGGAAAUCGUCCAAAUCUGAAGAGCCAUUCUGGGUUUCUCCAUGGGGUAAAGGAAGGCCUGGCUGGCAUAUUGAAUGCUCCACAAUUGCAAGUUCUGUGUUUGGUAGACAUCUUGACAUCCACACUGGUGGGAUUGAUCUAGCAUUCCCGCAUCAUGAAAAUGAAAUUGCACAGUGUGAGGCAUAUCAUCAGUGUGACGGGUGGGGGAACUAUUUUCUUCACACUGGGCAUUUGCAUUUGAAAGGAAAUGAAGAAAAAAUGUCCAAGUCCUUGAAAAACUACAUAACUAUUAAGGAAUUUUUAAAGUCAUUUUCACCUGACCAGUUCCGAAUGUUUUGCCUGCGCUCUAAGUAUGGAUCAGCUGUGGAAUACAGUAAGGAAUCCAUGCAAGUCUCCAUAAGCACUUUGCAGAUUAUCGCAUCUUUCAUUGAUGAUGCACAGGCCUAUGUGAAGGGUCAGCUGAUAUGUGAGCCUGUGCAGGAAGCCAUACUUUGGGAAAGCCUGAAUGAAACAAAAGUAAAUGUUAAAGCUGCAUUCGCUGAUGACUUUGACACCCCGCGAGCUGUCGGUGCUGUUAUGGACCUCAUUCACCAUGGCAACAGACAACUUAAGGCUGUUUCCAAGAACACCAGUGACAUGAACUCUGCUCGAAGCACACUAGUUUACAGUGCCAUAAUGUCUUACAUAGAGCAGUUUUUGGAUACAAUGGGAAUUUCCUUGAAGCACAAACAGAUUGCUACAGAAGACAGAAGCUCUGCUGCUUUCAUAAAUGUUGUUGAAGAACUUGUUGGCUUUAGAAGCAAAGUGCGCAAUUAUGCCAUCAAUUUAAAUGACUCUGUGCCAGAGGAUGUAGACGAAGGGACACUAUCCAAAGAAGAAAGAGAGCUACAGAAGGAAAGGAGACGUCGGAUAUUAAAGGAGAGACAGCCUCUGUUACAGGCCUGUGAUGUACUACGACAGAAUUUAGCUGGCUUUGGGGUGAAUGUUAAGGACAGGGGUAAUACCUCUACGUGGGAGCUACUGGAUCAUAAAGAAGACCUCUAGUAUUUGUGUUAUUGUAGAAUUGUUAAAAUGUUUUCAAAUAAAUAUUAAAAUGAUCUUUUUCUUUA